CUCGGACGUGAACAGGGAUCAUUUGUCUGGAUUAGAGUCCACUAUGGACGAUCUUACUCUCUCCAUUACUUGGCCUAGGUUCUGUGCACAUUCAAUCUCAUUUGACGAGGAGAGAUUUGAAAGCGUGGGUCGACACUGGCCAAGGCUAAAACUGGAUGACUAUAACUAUGAACUGAUUUGCCCGAAGCUUCGGCUGGCCGAUCGCUGUUUUGGUCUUACUCAUUUUCCAGCGCUUGCCUCGACUACUAGUGCUGCUGUGUACUUGUGGGUACCUUGCUCCUUUGAUCGUGUGGUAAAUCUCUUUCGAGUACCUAGUACUACUUACGUAUGUCCGAAGUCGAUCCAUGAGCCUGUCGACUCUCACCUUGUUGUUGUCUCCACUCCAAUGCAGCAGCCCCCCUCAUCAUACGAGAGAGUCCGCUUAUUUACCGCCAUAAUCGAGCCUCGAGCUUAUGAAUAUCUGAACCAUGGUUGGCUCGUGCAAAACGCUAUCUAGGCAGCUAACCUCGUUCACGCUAUUGGGGUAGCAGGUUGGGUAUCUUGGUCUAGUUCAGCCUCGAAUCAUGUGCCAGUACGCCAGGUUCAGACGCCAUUGUUAGAAACAAAUGCAACAUCCCUCUUUCAAUGGCAUUGUCCAGCCACCACUUGAUCCUUGAGGUAUUUCCCCUCUUCCAUAAAAUUUGCUUAUAUUACGCGACCUCUGACUGGCUGUGCCCCCGCAUGAUAAAUUACUCUAUACAACCCCCAUCUCUU